AUGGAUGCCACGAAAUCUGCAUGCUCCGCGGCUCCUAAACCCUCUACGUUUGACUACUUCACGGAGCGAUACUACCACCAGUACAUUGUGCAGAAUUGCAAAGGCGUGGAAGGCAACAACUGCAGACUGUUAGUGCAUAGUAAUGGUCUUUGUGUGCUGUGCCUCGACGAGUCACACGCAGCCGUCCGCGCGUUUAAGCAGACUGACAUCAUACAACACUCCGACGAUGGAGCGAAACUUGGUGUGUCCUCCGUGGUAUUUGGCUCCGGUCGGGGCAAUUCUAGGAUGGCGCCGGGAGCUAUCCAGGUAGUGGGCAAACGCAAGAAAAAUGCAAUUAUAUGCCAGGAAGACACAAAGGUGUGUAUUAUCACUAUGACAGACGGGACUGUGUACAGCAUCCCCGCGUGCAUUGACGGCUUUGUAUUGGAGCUGAACCCAGCGAUAAUGGAGCGACCCGAACUCAUCGUACAGGCUCCCACAGUCGAAGGAUAUAUUGCAGUUAUAUCUCCAAACUAUAAUAAGCUAAAAUUGGGCAAGUACACAAAGGUCGCCGCGGCCACUGGAGGUGACAUUAUGGAUGAUGACGAUGAUAUGGGAAAAGGUACAUUAAACUAA